CCCAGAGGAAGAAAAAGACUGUGGAUUUCUCUGCUGAACAGCUGAUUUAUGUGCUUGAGCUAAUCAUUUUCAUUACAGCAUUUUAUAUUUACACGUAGAUUCGAUCCAGUUAGAAAUACAAGCUCGUCACUGCGCUUAUGUCUGAGGAUUUAAACAUUAUUUCUGCUUUAAACCCUGAGACCUGUUACAAUGAGUUCAGGAGGAGAUAGACAGCACUCCUCCAGAAAGUCUCAGGGUGCUGAUUCUGCUCACUCACAGCUGUGUGAAGAUGUGAAAACGGAGACUAAAGAUGGAGGGACGGAGGUCUGUGUGAAGAAAGAAGAGACGCUAGACCUGAACAUCUGCAACCAUGAAGACAACUGCAAAAACAGACCUGAAGUCAUGGCCAUUAAAGAGGAAGAAACUGAUAAUGAAGACUACCUCUACUGUGAAGUUUGCAAAUCUUACUUCUUCAACAAGUGUGAGCUUCACGGUCCUCCAUAUUUCAUCACUGAUACCCCUGUUCCCAUGGGGGUUACAGACCGAGCCAAACAAACUCUUCCUCCUGGACUAGAGAUUCGGAAGUCCAGUAUUCCUGAUGCAGUCCUGGGAGUGUUUAAUAGGGGGGAGACUAUUCCAGUUGGUGCACACUUUGGACCCUACCAAGGAGAGCUCGUAGACAGAGAGGAGGUUAUGAACAGUGGAUACUCUUGGGUGAUAUACAGGAGCGGGCAGUGUGAGGAAUACGUAGAUGCCAAGAGAGAAAUGCAUGCUAACUGGAUGAGGUAUGUGAAUUGUGCUCGGAAUGAAGAAGAACAGAAUCUUGUGGCAUUUAAGUAUCGAGGAGGGAUUCUGUACCGUUGUUGUCGACCCAUCAAUUCAGGACAGGAGCUCUUGGUGUGGUAUGAGGAGUAUGCCAAAGAUCUCGGGCAUAUAUAUGACUGCCACAGGAAAAAAACCUACUCCACAAAUGAAGUAAACAACGGCCUGUUGCAAGUCUUCUCCUGCUCCUUGUGUCUGCUUUCCUAUACAUCUCAAAUUGACCUCAACAAACAUGUCCAGAGCUACCACUAUGAGGAGUAUGUGAGACAGCAGAAAUCAAGCGAGAUUAAAUAUGAGGUCCAGGUGCCCACAAAUUUCUCCAGUGAUCAGCAAACUUCAUCUAGUACUCUUAGUUCUAACACCUCUCAGAAAGAAAUACAAAAGAAAAUUUACCACUGCUCAAAGUGUGGAAGGAGUUUUACUAAUCAGAGUGCUCUCAAAGCACAUCAGUGCAGUCAGACUGGAGAGAAGCCGUAUUGCUGCUCACAGUGUGGUAAAAGUUUUAAGCAAAAAUGUGAUCUCCAACACCACCAACACAUUCACACGGGAGAGAAGCCAUAUAAUUGUUCACAAUGUGGGAAGAGUUUUAAUCAAAAGAGCAUUCUCCGAAAACAUCAGCGUAUUCACACAGGAGAGAAGCCACAUCACUGCUCACAAUGUGGGAAGAGCUUUAUUCAAAAGAGUGAUCUCCAACAACACCAGCGCAUUCACACAGGAGAGAAGCCAUAUCACUGCUUACAGUGUGGGAAGACUUUUAGUCACCAUAGUCAUCUCCAACUCCACCAGCGCAUUCACACAGGAGAGAAGCCAUAUCACUGCUCACAGUGUGGGAAGAAUUUCACUCAAAAGAGUAAUCUCCAAGUCCAUCAGCGCGUUCACACAGGAGAGAAGCCGUAUCAGUGCUCACAGUGUGGGAAGAGCUUUACCCUUCAAAGUAAUCUUCAACUACACCAGCGCAUUCACACAGGAGAGAAGCCACAUCACUGCUCACAAUGUGGGAAGAGUUUUACUCAUCAGAGUACUUUUCAACGACACCAGCGCAUUCACACAGGAGAGAAACCAUAUUACUGCUCACAGUGUGAGAAGUGUUUUAAUCAUCAGAGUCAUCUCCAACGACACCAGCGUUCUCACACAGGAGAGAAGCCAUAUCACUGCUCACAGUGUGAAAAGAAUUUCUCUCAGCAGAGUAGUCUUCAUGUCCACCAGCGCAUUCACACAGGAGAGAAGCCGUAUCACUGCUCCCAGUGUGGGAAGCAUUUUACUUAUUCACUUACAUUCAAGACGCACAAGUGCACUAACACAGAUCCAUUUUUCCUCAUCGCCGUCACCUGA